AUGGGUUCCAUCACCAACGGCAAUGACACGUCCGCGGACGCUCAUAACCCGGUAAUCAGUCUCAAUGACAAACACCUCAAUGCUGGCAUCGCUCGCAUUGGUCCGAAUCCGCCUGGAUGUAUCGAGAUACUCAACAAGCUGCUUCAAAAGAAUCACGAUGACUUCGGCAUGUUCUGGCGGCCAGUCGCUGGUCAUAAUCACACCGUACACUCCAUGUUGAGCGUCUUCGCCAUGGGAGGCGGGCCAGAGCAACUGCAACGUGCGUAUGAUGACGACGAUUUACACCAAGAGCCCAUGCCUCCGCUCGACGAAUCAAUCGUGGCCGAGCUCGAUACACCAGGUGGCUUCCUUGCACAUAUGCGCCAACUCGAUCAGUACGCCAAUUACUUGAGGUUUUUCGAAGCCGAGAUACAGCACAAGGGCUGGAAGGACGUCGUCUAUGAAUAUUGCUUCAGUAAGACUGAGAUUGGUCAAGCUAUGUUGGCGCAGUUGUUCGACGGGGCGUACCAUCCAAUCAUUCAUCUGGGCUUUGGCAUCGAGUUUGAGCAGCCAGGCAUCGUUGCCGAAGGCCUAGCUCACGCAGCUACCCAUGAUCCGGCCAACAUCGAGCACUUUUUCGUCAAAAGUGAAGAGCUUGCAAGGAGCGGCACAGUGCCAUCCAAGCCGCUUGCGGAACUCUACGACUUGACACGAAACAACCCCAAGAUCAAAUCGGCUGCUCUUAUGCAACAAGGACCUGUCCGAGUACGCGACGGUGUCAUGGCAAACGCCAUGGACGAGAUGAUACGCGUUGCGGCACACUACCAGCCGUCCGCUUCAGACAUCCAGCUAAAUGUCUUGGAAAUGCUCAGCGGUGCCGCUUAUGGCGCUGGCGCUGCCCAACGCAAAGGCAAAUCAUCCAAGAUCGAUUUCUUUUCCAUGCACAACGUCACUAGUUCUGUUUUCGUAGCGUUGCUAGUAGAUCAACCCUGGAUUGACCAGGAGAACAAGCUUCGAUUGAUCGAGUGGAAGGGCCGCAUGGACCUUGUUUGGUACGCAUCCGGCUCGGCGCCAGCCUUGGAUGCCAGCUUCAUCUCCCAGUACGAGCCUACGCUAAGCAAGGGCAUGGACUGGAAUUCCCUGUACGCCGUCGUUAACGACUCUCACGACGAUGGCCAUGUGGCAAAAUUUGUGCGCGCUCUGAAAGCGGGCGAGGAGCUGGAGCAGAGGACUACCGGCGCUGAGAAUCGACUGCUUAGGGUCAGGGGCGACAUGUGGUUGAAGCUUGCUCAGAUGGCGUAUGAUACAACGCAUGGCUUGCUUGAUAUCCAGAAGUGGAUCAUGGGCGCUGGGUAUGAUCCUUUGUGGGCCAAGGUCCCUGAUGUUGUAGUUGGCUAG